UUGACAACACAGCAGCAGACGAAUUUUGUCUCCCAUAGGAGCGGCCGCCCACCCGGUACUGUUCUGAAAGCUAUGGUUAUUAUUUGUGGCGUGUCAGAUGACAGGCAGAGGUGACCCCACUCUUGUGAUAUACAGAAAUUAAAUUCCUUGCCGCAGCAGUUUUGUGUAGAACCUGCAGUGAUCAUUGUCAAGUUGAAACCAAGAUGUUGCUGCCUGAAUCCAGGACCAAAUCUGGGGCUGGGAUUCAUUUGUGAGCUUGAGGUCGUUCCUCCUCAGUGCUUAUUUUCUAAGCCACCAUGAUGGACGUGUCUGGUCUUCGCUCUCGAUUGGCUGCUUACGGCCAGGAGCAUUUGCUGCAGUUCUGGGAUGUGCUCACUGAAGGCCAGAAGAAAUCCCUCUACAAUGAACUUAAUGAGCUGGAUCUAGACGAGAUUUGCGGGUUUUUCAAGCGAACGGUGGCAUCCCUCAAUGAGGAGCAGACCAAGCUUGACGAACGCAUGCAACCCAUCCCAGCAGAGAUGCAUGGUUCUGUGACUCGUACACCACUAGAGAAGAUCAAUGAUUAUGAGGAGGCAGGUUUGCGUGAGGUGAGUGAGGGCCGAGUUGGAGUGCUUCUGCUAGCAGGUGGGCAGGGCACAAGGUUGGGAGUGAGCUACCCAAAAGGCAUGUAUGAUGUCAAGCUCCCAUCAGGGAAGACACUUUACCAGUUGCAAGCCGAAAGACUGAGAAGACUUCAGACUCUUGCUGAGGAGAAGUUUGGCAAGUCAGGAGUGAUUCCAUGGUAUAUAAUGACAUCAGAGCACACCAAAGAACCAACAAUGGAUUUCUUUGCUCGCCACAAUUACUUUGGUCUUGAAAAAGAAGAUUUGGUUGUGUUUGAGCAAGGCAUGCUGCCUUGCUUCAGUUUUGAUGGCAAAAUCAUCUUGGAGCAACCAUGCAAGCUGGCUCGUGCUCCUGACGGCAACGGAGGCCUCUACAGAGCUCUUAGAGAAAAGAAUGUCCUUGAAGAUAUGGAAAGACGGGGCAUCAAGUACCUUCAUGUUUAUUGUGUAGACAAUAUUCUAGUCAAGAUGGCUGACCCUAUUUUCAUUGGCUAUUGUCUCUCUAAGGGUGCAGACUGUGGUGCUAAAGUUGUAGAGAAAGCCUUCCCAACUGAGGCUGUUGGUGUUGUAUGUAAAGUUGAUGGAAUCUACCAGGUGGUAGAGUACAGUGAGAUCACAUUAAAGACAGCCCAGAAACGAAACCCUGAUGGCAGACUCACUUUCUCUGCUGGUAACAUUUGCAACCAUUACUUUACAGUGGAAUUCCUUAAGAAUGUUGUUUAUGAUUAUGAAUGCAGUAUGAUGCAUCAUGUAGCCAAGAAGAAAAUCACAAUGGUAACACCAGAGGGCAAAGCUGUUAAACCUGAGAAACCAAAUGGCAUCAAGAUGGAGAAGUUCGUGUUUGAUGUAUUCCAGUUCUCUAACACACUAGCUGUCUGGGAAGUAAUCCGUGAAGAUGAGUUUGCCCCUUUGAAGAAUGGUGAUGGUGCUGAGAAGGAUACACCAACCACCUGCCGACAUGCACUCUUUUCUCUCCAUCAUCGCUAUCUUCUGAAUGCUGGUGGUACUCUUAUCGAUUCAGAAGGGGAACCUCUUCCUCUUAUUCCCAGGUCAGAGGACAAACAAGUAACAGAGGACAGCCCUGCUGCUGCCCCUAAAUGCCCAACAUUUGAAAAUGGCAACACAGAUUUCAAUUAUAAUGACAAUCAGAAAGAGAUGAGAUGGGAUGAGUGCCCUGUUGUUGUGGAAAUAUCUCCAUUGGUGUCCUAUGCUGGUGAAGGUCUGGAUGAACUUGUAGCCAAUAAGAAAUUCACAUGUCCGCUACAACUCACAGAUAGGUUGCCCAAGAAAACUGAAGCGUAACCUUGCGUGUUCUGAAAGCUCUCUAUUCCUAGAUACUUCUAAUAAUUUUUAUUACACAUCAACCCUAUUUCUGUGGAGGUUUUUUUUCUCUUCUAUAGGAGUGAUAAAAUUUACUGACUUAUUUAGGUAAAUGUCUUUGAGAAUGCCCAUUUUCAGUAACAAGGCAAUAACAAAUAUUGCCACUGGUAUAACUGACAAAAACUAGGAAAAUGACAUAUAAGUUAAAUCAUAAAUUCAUUUGUCAAUAUUUAAAAUCUUCUGUAUAUGUAUAAUUUUACUGUUUAUAUAGUGACUCAAUGAAUAUCAACACUUGAUCAAAAUGUUAAUACUUUGAGUGGUAAUUUACAGUUCAUGAAAAACUUGUAUGUGUAAUGAGUCUGUGCAGUACUUUGGUGAGCUUGAAACAACGAACUCAAAAGUUCAUAUUGUCAAAGGGAAUUUUAGAUUUUUUUUAUCUUGGGUAAUCUCAAGACAGAAUUUUCUCUGUGGAAGAGUAAAGUCAAACACAAGACUUAUAAUGAAAAACCCAUCACUGGUUGUGAUAAUUGUUCAUUAUCGUGCCUUACAUAAGCGAUAGCAUGUCAUUCAUGAUCUUAGAAAAAAUAAGAAGGAAAAAAAAAAAGAUACUGAAAUCAUCUCCAUUUCAUUACAUUUUUGCAUUAACAAAACUUAGUUGUGUAUAAAAAUAGGUACAUAUAUAUUUUUUCUUUUGCCAACACACUCCAAUUGUUAUUGAAAAACCACAGAAUAAAACUUAGAGGAUACUUAUCCACAAAGAGACUUUUUGCCAUAAGCUACAUAUUUAGUAAGUCACUAGUUUCAAUUUUCUUUUUAUUGAAGGAAAUCACCCACAAAAAUUAUGCUUAUAUACUGGCAAAUUUUUCUUCUGAAUACUGAAGCCUAGUUAAAAGCCACUACAUUCCAGUGUUUCUUGUUUUAACAGAGACCAAGUAUCAUGUUCAUGUUAGAAGUGCUACUAUAGUAAUGAUUUUCAUGUAAUGGUAGUAGAUAUUGUUCAGUAUUGAAAAGUACAAAUCAUCAGUGUUGUGCACAGGAAACUAAUAAUGAGAUCAAUACCUGUGCAAUCAAAUAUCAGCACAGUAAAAUAUUAAUAGAAUAUAGCAAUGGUUUUACUGUUAUGAAUUAUAUUGUGACUUAGAAAAAAAUCUCAGUAGUAUAGAAGCAGCACAAUGGAACUACUGAAUAGUAGUUCCUGUUUCAAGAUUUAUAGGGACCCAAUCAAUGUAACUUAUGGAUUUUUUUUUUUUUUAGUAUGUUUUGAUCCUUUUUCCAAGGCAUUUCAGUGCUUUCCUUUUUCAAUAUUUUUAUUUGCUACCCUGGGUUUUUCUUACAAUUAAGAAUUAAGAAUUUUUCUACACGUUUGUACUGUUAUAUUCAUCUGUUGAAAUCUGACACAUUCUUGAACAUUUAGUAAUAGUAGUGAUGUAUAUUUGUACAGUGCAAUAUUUAAACAAUAUUGUAUGUAAAAAAGGAAUUGAUUGUUCCUGUGUGUGAAAAUUGUGUAUCAUAGUUGUUUAAAUUGCCUCCCCCCCUUUUAACUGAUGUAUUUAAUUACAAAAUGUUUAAAUACGUACUGGGAACACGCUAGAUGGUUACCUUCUUCAUGAAAUUGUACAGAUUAGUUAGUCCUAGCCACUCUUGCUUCAUCUCUUUACUCAUGGAAUUUACAUAAAAUAUUCACAUAGACUUUGUUCCCUUUUGUGCAUUGCCUUCCAAGUGAAAGACUUUGUUCCCUUUUGUGCAUUGCCUUCCAAAUUUUUAAAUAGCCACCUACUUCACAAUAUUAUUUUAUUUACAGCUGAAAGAUCUUCCUGAUAAGAAGUUUUUAGUUACUAUGCAAGAAUAUGCAUAAACACUGGAAUUUUAAAAUUAAGGCAUUAUUAGUUCAGUGAGUAUUUGGUUUCAUAGCUGUCAAUGACUCACUUGACUGAAAUAGUCAUGAACAACUAGUUUGUUUUUAAUUGCUACACUUUUUCAACAACAAAUCCUACUUAAGUACAGAAUUAGUUUUAUUGUUGCUUAAUGCAUUAGUUUUAAUUUUAUUUAAAUAAAGAAUGCUGUUGGUGCUUUACACCACCAUUUUAAAUGUGGAGAAAAUAAUAUUGUAAUAUUGUGGUGGUUGUAAAGGUGGCUACUGAAGUAAAGAGGGCAAUGAUACGGCAGAACAGGUGUGUACCAAGGUCAAGCUUGUGGAAAUAGUUCUGUUGUUGGAACACUGUAUUUUUGCCUUAUAGGCAAACAAAUGAUUUUAUGUAAUGAAUAAAACAGAUUACAUAA